AUGGAAUUUAUAAGACUUCGACUGAACUGUAUUGAUCACUACCAAGCCACGCCAACCGGAUAUGAUCCCCAGUUUGAUCAAGAUGUGCGCUUUUCGCGUUCGCGGAAGGCUGCCAAAGUCCCUGUAAUUCGGGUGUUCGGAUCGACCGACAAGGGCCAGAAAGUCUGCGCUCAUAUUCAUGGUGCCUUUCCCUAUCUGUAUGUCGAGUAUGACGGAAAUCUAGAACCCAACAAGGAUCAUGCGUUAGCUAUCAGCUACCGAAAAGAUCCCAUUCGCGAUCGGCCCAAAUAUGUAGCACGGAUUACGCUGACAAAAGGUAUACCCUUUUAUGGCUUCCACGUGGGUUAUCGCUUCUAUCUCAAAAUUUACCUGUUCAACCCGGUGGUCAUGUCGCGUCUCGUCGAUCUCCUUCAGCAAGGUGUUAUUAUGAGUCGGAAAUUUCAACCCUACGAGGCCCAUCUGCAGUAUCUCCUUCAGUUCAUGGCUGAUUACAACCUGUACGGCUGUAACUACCUGGAUGCGGCGAUAGCCACCUUUCGAGCACCUGUACCGAAGCAUGACAGCAACAUCGAAGGCCGUGAGACUGAACAUCACUGGGACGAUGCAACGAUCCCGCCAGAGCUGAUUACGGAUGAUUACAGCCUUCCCCGGGCUAGCCACUGCUCCCUUGAAGUGGACAUCUGCGUCGAAGACAUCCUGAAUCGAAAGCAAGUCAAAGAGCGAAGGCUUCAUCAUGAUUUUAUCGAAAAGGAGCAGCCGGUGUCAAGCCAAGAAAAGCUGGUGCACAGUAUGGCUGGACUCUGGACGGAUGAGACAAACCGCAGGAAAAAGCGUAUGGGAAUAACGGACCCUGAAGUCAACCCUUUUCCUCCGGAAGUCUUGGUAUCAAUGUCUGCGGACCCACGUCAAUCACAGGUGAUGGGGUGGGUUCAUGAAGCUGGGUACCGUGCUGGUAUCCAACAAUUGGUUUCUCAGGAACAGAACAACACAGAUGGACGUCAGGAGACUUUCUCCAGCUUUGUGCAACCAGUUCCAUUUGAAGAAACUAUCAAGACCACUUUAGAGUCAGUGGAAGACUUCUACCCAGACAACUUGAGCCAAGCUCUGCAAAUCGAAGCACAAUUUUUUCACAUGAAUGCACAGCAUCUCAUCAAUAUCGAUGUCAACGAACAAGGCAUUUUUCAGCUAAUACGCGAGCCACAUGCAAAACAGACUCGACACGAAUACGCGGGCAGAAUCCCACCGGGGGAGCCUUUGAAUGGUGUUGGAGAAGGAUUUGGUGUGGGGGAUUCAAUGACUUAUCGUAUGGAUGGGCGGAUCCGUGUAUACCAACCCAGAACUUCCAUCCGUCAUAAACUUCUGAAGAUUGCCCAGACUUACUCUUCCAAUCAACCAGCCAAUACAGGUAGACAAGCCGGGGUUCUUGGUCCUGGAGAGCGACAACAAAGAUCUCUCAAGCAUCCCAGGCCGCCGGGAGAAGUUGAUCAUGGUGCACCUGCAAAACGUCAGGUGCUCCAAGCUGAGGACUCAAGGGAGUUACUUCACAUGAAAGCCGACCCUCCGCAAAGAGCUUUGGAAGAGGCUCCGAGAAACGCCCAUGAACAAACUCAAGGUGCAGGUCAGCCAGGGCCUCAGAGAAAGCUCCAAAGUGACCCUCCGGAAAGGGUUUACGAGGAGCCAAACAAGAGGGUUCACGAGGAGGCUCAACCAAAGGUCCAUCGAAAGGCCCAGCAAAGGCCUCGGGAACAUGACCAGAAACAGGGCCAACAGAAAAUACAGGAACAAACUCAAGAUCAUGAUCAGAGAGGAGGCCAGAAGGAAGCUCCAGAAAAUUCGACAUUUACGACGCCAGCUCGGACAGUCCAGCCAAUGAAACCCAAUAAUCAGGAUCCAGCAGGAGAGGAACAAUCGGUGAAUAGUCUGCAGGUCGAGCCACCAAAACCUAAAACAUCUCAGCCCAUGAAGUCUGCUAUGAAGCAGAGCUUUGCACAAGAGUCCCAAAGCCGUACGAUCAACUUUCCCGUCGUCAAAGAUCCACAAGAUCCCAACACAAGGGCGCGACUGAGCCAAAAGAGUGGUUCGCAGAAGAACGAGGGUAACGUCACCAGAAAGCAACUUGCCUUCGACCCUCAACCCACCAUUUUAGGGCCAUCGGCUCAGGCGAGGCCCGGUCAGACUAAACCCAACCUAAAAUCGUCGUCCAGGCCCCUUGACACGGCCCCUGUGGCUUCGGCUCCGGCACUCUUGUGGAGUGGCUCAAAGAAAAUGUUUGUCCUGAACAAUAAACCUCCAUCCCUAAGCGAAGUUCGCUGUACCAUGCAGGUACAUGGCCUACCUGAUGUCAUCUAUCAAGACGCAUAUUACAGUAAGGAUGAGGAUGUUCCCUCCAGACCGAGAGAAUAUGCAGGCAGGGAAUACCGACUUGAUGGUAGCUCUGUUCCUUGGCUCCCCGAUUUCGACCCGACUGGCACAUCUUCGGCGACAUAUGGCGAGAAACCAACCUCCGGUGCCGACUGGCCGAUGCUGGAGGCAAUCUAUGAGGCUCAACAAGAGGAAUGUGCCAUGAGGGGUUGGGAAAUAGCAGAUCCUCCUCCUUCUUUCAAGGAAGUCAGUGAUUGGUGGACAGAUAAACAAAAAGAUCGCAAUCCAAAACGAUGCCAUUUCACACCCCUAAAAAUUGAAACCUACCGCUCCCAAGUCGCGGGCGUGACGCCAAAGAAGAAGCAUGGCUUCGAACAUCCCGAAAAGACAAAACCUGAAAGCGCACAGGAUCAGGCACAGUACAUGAGCGCCAUGAGCCUAGAGGUGCAUGUUAACACCCGGGGCAAGCUAGUACCGGAUCCUGAAGAAGACGAAGUGCAGUGUGUGUUUUGGUAUCUGCGGUCCGAAGUAAACGCUCUCCGCGGAACUCAGGCGCCGGAUGAUACGGCACGGGGCAUUGUUGUUUUCUCAGAGGAUGGGUCGCUUGCAGAUAGAAUCCGAAAGCACACAUCCGUGCCAGUGGUUCAAGAGACAACAGAACUUGAUAUGAUGGUCCGGAUGGUCGAGAUUGUGCGGAACCAUGAUCCCGAUAUCUUCACGGGAUAUGAGGUGCAUGGCAGUUCAUGGGGCUACCUUAUUGAGCGAGCGAGGAUAAAGUAUGAGCUUGACCUCUGUGAUGAGUUCUCACGCAUGAAGUCUCAGUCAAAUGGGCGUAUCGGUAAGGAUGCGGAUCGCUGGGGCUUCAACACGACAUCCUCGAUUCGAAUUACAGGACGGCACAUGAUCAACAUUUGGAGAGCCAUGAGAGGCGAACUCAAUCUUCUACAGUAUACCAUGGAGAAUGUUGUUUGGCAUCUGCUACACCGUCGGAUUCCUCAUUACAGCUGGAAGACUUUAUCGGAUUGGUAUCUGAGCGAUCGACCGAAGGAUCUGGAUAAAGUUCUCCGAUAUUACCUGACGAGAACGCGACUUGAUCUUGAGAUUCUGGAAAAGAACGAGCUCAUUCCCAGGACAAGCGAGCAAGCAAGACUGCUUGGUGUUGACUUUUUUUCUGUCUUCUCUAGAGGAUCACAGUUCAAGGUAGAGUCCAUCAUGUUCAGGAUAGCCAAACCCGAGAACUUCCUUCUCCCUUCUCCAAGCAGGAAGCAAGUGGGUGCACAAAACGCUCUGGAGUGUCUACCCUUAGUGAUGGAACCGCAAAGUGCAUUCUACAGCAGUCCUUUGCUUGUUCUUGACUUUCAGAGUCUGUAUCCCAGUGUCAUGAUCGCCUACAACUACUGCUACUCGACCUUCCUUGGGCGUAUCGUCAGCUGGCGAGGUAGAAACAAAAUGGGUUUCAUGGACUACAAGAGGCAAGAGGGGCUUCUUAGUCUACUCAAAGAUUACAUCAACAUCGCCCCAAACGGCAUGAUGUACACAAAGCCUCAUAUUCGCAAGUCACUUCUUGCAAAGAUGCUUACCGAGAUUCUCGAAACUCGUAUCAUGGUCAAGUCCGGUAUGAAGCAAGACAAGGAUGAUAAGGCGAUUCAGCAACUGCUGAAUAACCGGCAGCUAGCGCUGAAGCUCCUCGCCAACGUCACCUACGGUUACACAUCGGCCUCGUUCUCAGGUCGUAUGCCCUGCUCCGAGAUUGCCGACAGCAUCGUCCAAACCGGUCGCGAAACCCUUGAGCGGGCCAUAGCCUUCAUUCAUAGCGUCCAAAAGUGGGACGCCGAGGUUGUCUACGGCGACACCGACAGUCUUUUCGUCUCUCUCAAGGGCCGCACCCGCGAACAGGCCUUUGAGAUCGGCCAAGAGAUCGCCGACGCUGUCACCAAGUUGAAUCCGCGGCCCGUCAAGCUCAAGUUCGAAAAGGUCUACCACCCAUGCAUACUCCUCGCCAAAAAGCGCUACGUCGGCUACAAGUACGAGAGUCGCGACCAGACCGUGCCCGUGUUCGACGCCAAGGGCAUCGAGACGGUCCGGCGCGACGGCACACCCGCCGAGCAACGGAUCGAGGAGAAGGCGCUCAAAAUCCUCUUUGAGACUGCCGAUCUCAGCCAGGUCAAGAGUUACUUCCAGGAGCAGUGCCACAAGAUCAUGCGCGGCGCCGUGUCCGUGCAGGACUUUUGCUUCGCGCGCGAAGUCAAGCUGGGCACGUACAGCACGUCCGGUCGCGGCGGCCCGGCUCCCGCUGGCGCGCUGAUUGCCACCAAAAAGAUGAAGGAGGACGCGCGGGCGGAGCCGCAAUAUGGCGAACGGGUGCCAUAUGUGGUGAUGGCCGGCGCGCCGGGAAUGAGGCUGGUGGACCGGUGCGUGGAACCGGAGGAGCUGCUGGAUAACGCACAUGCUACGUUGGAUGCGGACUACUACAUCAACAAGAACAUCAUUCCGCCGCUAGAGAGGAUCUUCAACUUGGUCGGCGCGAACGUGAGGACUUGGUAUGAGGAGAUGCCCAAGGUUCAAGUCUUGCGGAAGGUGGUGGAGGAUGAAGACGCUGCUGAAGAUGCUUCCAGAGGCCCACUACUGGGACUGCUAGGGGCGUCACCAAGCAAAAAGGGUACGGCAGCGGCAGAAGCAGCUGCAGCUGCAGCAGCGGCAGCACUAGAGAUGGAAGAUAUGUUGGGAGAAGACGACGAGCUCCUCCCUCCUGAUGUCGCAGCAGCCCAAGCCCAAGCGCGCAAGACCCUCGAAGCCUUCCUCAAUACCACCAUCUGCACAGCCUGCGGCGUCAAGAUCAAGCGGCCGCUCGGGGUAGGGCUUGCGCGCGAGCUGGGCAUGCUUGAGGAGGGCGAGGGCGCCGUGGACCGAGGCCUGCCGCUCUGUCGCCGGUGCGCUUCGGAUCCACCCACGCUUAUGGUCGAAAUGCAGGCCAAGGUCAGCAGAGCCGAGAAAAGCUACGUGGAGAUUAUGAAGGUGUGUCAGAGCUGUGCGGGCUUUGCGUUAUCCGAGGAGGUGCCCUGCGAUAGCAAGGAUUGCCCUGUUUUUUACUCGAGGGUGAAGCAGAGGACGAAGGUUACGGCGGUAAAGAGGGUGAUGGAGCCGUUGAUCAAGUUGUUUGGAGAGAUGGAAUUGGAUAAGGCGAGUAGUGAGGAUGAGGGUGGCGAUGAGGAGGAUAAUUGGGAGCUGGAAGGAAGAGGUGAGGUGGUUGACGAAAGUGGUGUAGAAAUGCAAGAAGACGCAGGAGUAAGGUAUGAGGAGGAGAAAGUGAAAUUCGAAACCAUUGUCAAGAGCAAGGUUAGAGCCAUGAGUGAGGAGUUGGCGGAGAGGAAAGAGAUUCUUGACAACAGAUUUAAGAGCCUGAAGGCGGCAUCGUUGGAAUGGUAGUCAAGCCUAGCGUGGUUGUUUGGGUCAAGGGGAUUAUAUAAAAACUUGGUUUGUCCAUUCUUACACUGUUGUUGGAUAUUCCACUUACUCCGUCAACCACCGGUGG